GCGCGCUCGUCAGCAGUUCGGUCCGGAUCGUGGGAGUCGUUUCGUCGUUUUGUUUCCCGUCUCCUUUUACCGUGUUGGAUUAAUUGCAGCGUUUUUUUCUCUUUGCACUUCUGGAUUUGGGCCUCUCGCCUUCUCUUUUUGCAAUUCCGGGCCGACUGGGAACAAUUGCGGCGCUGUGCCGGUUCGUGUUGAAAUCCGUCUCCCGGUUUUGGGGUGCCGCUGUGGAUUACAGUUGCAACAUGACUCUGGAAGAGCUGGUCUCCUGUGCCAACACCGAGAAGAAGAUGAAGUCAGUCAGUGAAGCUGUGGAGGACCUGUUGGCCGCUGCCCAGAGGCAGGGCUGCUUGACCGUUGGCGUUUACGAGUCGGCCAAACUCAUGAAUGUUGACCCAGACAGCGUGGUGUUAUGCUUGCUGGCCAUCGACGAAGAAGACGAGGACGAUAUUGCCCUCCAGAUCCAUUUCACCCUGAUCCAGGCUUUCUGCUGCGACAACGACAUCAACAUCCUCCGCGUCUCCGGCAUGGAGCGCCUGGCGGCCGUUCUGGGCGAGGGCCCGCAAGACAACUCCGAGCCACGAGACCUGCAUUGCAUCCUAGUGACGAGUCCACACACCGGUUCGUGGAAGAGUCAAGGUUUGGCCGAGGUGGCCAGCUAUUGUGAAGAGAGUCGUUGCAAUAAUCAGUGGGUACCCUACAUCGCUCUCCAAGCACGCUGAACGCCCCCUGGCCCGUUGCCUUGGGGUUUUGUGCUGAAUUCUAUGUUUUAAAAGGCUAAAAAAAAAGAAUAUUGAAGGGGAUAAUGUUCUUUUUUAAAAAAAUAAUAAUAAUACACGAGCCACCACCGCCUGCCUCCCUUGUUGGAACAGAGAGAGGAGGUGACUCACUGCCUUGGAAGAUGACGGAGGAGCUCGGAGGCGGGCAGAGGCGGCCGUCUGCGUCAGCUGACUGCUCGGAAAGGAAGAGGAACGGGAGAAAGAGCCAUGAAAGGCAGGCGGCUUCCCAGCUGGCAUUGGCUGGCGUGUGGGGAUUGGCAGGACUGAAGGCGAAUGGCUUCUGGGUUGUGUGAAUCAGGCUGGACAUUGUGUCGGAGAGCCGUGGCUGCGUGCCGGAGAAGAGGAGUUUUGUGCUACGACGAUUCCUCGUGGGUUACACGGGAGGAGCAAAGGAUGUGGUCUCUGUGCCACGCAGCUUUUUCCAAAGGACUCUAAACUGCGGAAGAAAGAGAAAAGGGGGGGAAAAAGAACUGUUAGUAUCUGCUAGCUUAUGCAAAAAAAAUAAAUUGUAACGGACUCUAUUUUUUAAAAGACCUGGAGAAAUAGAAGCUGUUAUUUAUUUUUUAAAAAAUCAUGCACACUAUCUUUUUUUUUGUUUUGUUUGCACUCAAACGCUGGUCAUAGAGAAUCAAAAGCAAAUAUAUUCUUGUACCUCAUUUUAAGAAGUUGCAAUUAUGCUAAUAAAAAUAUGCAUUCUAUGAGUAAAA